AGUGUGUGGGGACGGUGCUAUGCUCAGAGCACCUCUGUGGCAGCUGGUGGACUCGAACCUGAAACCUUCUGGACCCAAGUCCGCUUCAUUAAUGUCAUUCAUGAACUAUUUUAAAAUGUAUUUUCACAUAUGGCUUUUAGUCAAACACUGGGUAAAAUCCCAUAACGACAACAUUGUAAAGGUGUUUGGUUCAAAGAGACUUAAAUGAUGUUCAUAAAUUACGUAAGUUGAUCAAUGAUGUAGACACAAGUUGUUAACCAUUGGCCAAAAAGAAAAAUUCACUGAAAUGUGAAGGUUUUGUUUGUCACACAUGUCUUAUUCAUACUUAGUGUGCCUGAAAAAAUAAAUAACUUGUCAAUAUUUAUUAUGUUUGGUGCCUGAGUGAAAUAACCCAAGGUUAAAGGAGACUCUGCUGGAGAGAAUAAGGUGCAGCCUGCAAAGGGGGCGCUCUACCAGCCAACUCUUAUUAAAAUCAACUUGUGUGAAAGUGUGACGUUUCAACGUCACAGCGGACAACUUCUACAGAAGAUGGUUAAAUUAAUAAAAUGAACCGUGGAAACCGCCACUUUCGAAGAAGACACUCCAGUUUUUCGACGUGGGGAAAAAAAACAUGCCAAUAUCACGUGAAACCACAGAGAACUGUUUUCCUAUUGGCUGGGAGAAGCUCGUGGGGAGGGGGCUGCGCGAACCCUGUUAACUUAUAGUAGUAGUUCAGAGUUCAGUCGCUGGGAUUGAUGGUCAGAUUGGAGUCUCCCUUUUUCGUUCGGUCGCAAAAUGAGCAUUCCAGUAGUGGACUUCGGCGACUAUGGCCUGGAUAAAUGUGAUGUUUGUGACGAUCGGCUGCAGGACUUGAGCCAACAGCUGGGAGCAGCGUUUACAGACAUUGGCUUCGUGCUUUUGAAAAACACAGGGAUCACUCAGGACGAGGUGAACACUGCUAUGGAUGUGGCCAUGAAGUUCUUCCUGCAGCCUGAUGCAGUGAAGAAGACGUUCAGCCGGGAGACUUUCUCUGUCAGUCCAAAUCACUGGGUGUCAGUGGAGACAGAGAGGUUAAACCCACUUCGCCCUGGAGACCUGAAGGAGUCUUUCAACGUUUCAUCGCUUCAUCCUGACAUAAAAUGGCCAUCAUCAGAUAUUGUACCUGGAUUCAAGGAAACCCAGGUAUCUAUCUUUCAGCGCUGUAAAGAGUUGAGUCUGCGGGUGCUGAGGGUCAUGGCCCACAGUGUUGGUGUGGACCCGGAAGUGUUCCUUGAUGCACACCAACAUAUAGGAGAUCCUAAGAACAGCACCACCCUGCGGUCUCUGUACUACUCACCAGUAAACAGAGACCAUGUGAAGGAGAACCAGAUACGCUGUGGAGAACAUUCAGACUAUGGCAGCAUCACACUGUUGUUCCAAAGCAGUGAAGGUCUGCAGGUCCGUGCACGUUCCGGUGAAUUCAUCUGUGUUCCCUGCAUCCCAGAAACCGUUCUGGUCAACAUUGCUGAUAUGAUGCAGCGCUGGACAAGUGAUCGGUUUGUCUCUGUGCUGCACAGAGUUAUUCUGCCCCCUGCUGGAGAUUCAAGCUCACGCCAGUCACUGGCUUUCUUCAUUCAGCCUGACGAUGAUGUUGUGAUUACUUGCUGUGACGGCUCCAAUAAAUAUCCUCCAAUCAAUUCCCGUGACCACUACAUGGAGCGUUUCAGUGUAUCGUACGGACGGUCCUAAAAUUUAUUUUUCUACUUAUGUUAAAGUUCUUUUAGAAUUUGAAUUUCCAAUGCGUUGGUGUGUGUCUGUGCACUGUGUCGUAAAUGAGGAAAAACAAAGCAAACUGCAAGAUCAUCACUUUAUUGUACACAUUCAAACCACAUGCACAUUUGACUCACUGAAUGCUGGUGGUGGAUAAUAAAAAAAAAUCUGCACUUUUACCUGAUUGUUUUCUGAUGUCUGUAAAAAUACUUAAUAAUUAAAUCCAGUGUUUAGUAGAGACAACAUAAAUUAUGCAAC